ACACGAGCACACAACUGUGUAUCAUGGCCGUAGCACCAAUCGAGAUUUAUUAAAAUUAUUUUUCAUAUACGCAACGCCCACUUUUUCAGAUUCCUUUUCUUCUUUCCAAACUUUUCUUUUUCAACAUUCACAAACGCACACAUCCACAGCGAUAUCCAUUUCUGAUGUUUGUGACUACUUCAACAUACCUCAAUGUCGACUUGCUUUUUCAGUUUUAUUUUGACUUCAUUCGUGAUCGCAAUUACGAGCUCGGAGAGCGUAAAAAUAAAACAAAAUUUUUAUUCAGCAAGUUGGGAAGUUGAAAAAUAUACAAAAAAAAAAUUCCGAUAAACUUGAGGACGAAUUUUUUUAUUAUUUUUUUCGAACGUUACGGAAAAGGAAUAAAAAAAAUAAUAAAGUCGCGAGUGCGGUGAAAGUUUUUUUUUGCCGGGAAAGCAGCUUUUUUGGAUUUUAUCGAGGAGAAUUCUGAGAAUUUGUGAAUUUAAGAACUGAAUUCUUAACAUUCAACAUCCGUCGGGGAGGAUUUCAAAUCUUAAAGUGACAUUAAAAAGAUACAAAAAAGUACAAAAAAUAAUUUGUUUAAAAAAAUUUUAAUAUAAAAAAAUCUGAAAAUUGUUUGCAAAAUUCAUCGGACGUAUGGAAAAUAAUCAGUGAUAAAGAAAAUAAGAAGACAGUGACAAUAUUCAGCAACAAAAAGUGAAUAAGUGGAAGAAAAAUAAUUCCGAGAUGGAUUUUAGUGGAAAUUUUUAAAGUUUAUUGACGAUCAAUAAUUUCAGGCAGCAUUCGAUGGUGCCAUAAAGUAGCGAAUUAUAGCAGUAGAUUACGCCAUAAAGGAGACAGCAAAGGAUAUAAAAAAAAAUAUACAACAACAAAAAAACCUCAAAAAAAAAUACGAAAAUUUAUUUAAGACAAAGUUAUACAAAAUUGCCUCCAAUAUUCUUUCAUACUGGGACAUACCGUCGUCGAUGCAUGACAAAAUGCAUGGACAUGCAGCGAUUGGACAAACAUCACUAUUUGGAUGUUCAUCCGCUGGUCACAGCGGCAUCAAUCAGCUGGGUGGUGUUUAUGUGAAUGGUCGACCAUUGCCAGACUCAACUAGACAAAAAAUUGUUGAAUUAGCUCAUUCAGGGGCCAGACCUUGUGAUAUUUCUCGCAUAUUACAGGUUUCGAAUGGAUGUGUUAGCAAAAUAUUAGGAAGAUAUUAUGAAACCGGUUCAAUAAAGCCACGAGCCAUUGGCGGAUCAAAGCCGAGAGUUGCGACAGCAAAUGUUGUGUCUAAAAUUGCUGAUUACAAACGCGAAUGUCCGUCGAUAUUUGCAUGGGAAAUCCGUGAUCGAUUGUUAUCGGAAGGUGUAUGCAAUAGUGAUAAUAUCCCAAGCGUUUCAUCAAUAAAUCGGGUACUACGGAAUUUAGCAUCACAGAAAGAGCAACAAUCGUCAUCAAGUGACUCCGUCUAUGAUAAGCUUCGAAUGUUUAAUGGUCAAUCAGGUGGAUGGGCAUGGUAUCCGACAAGUAAUACAGCACCAACACACUUAACUUUACCUCCAACACCUACAUCAGCACAACUUACUGGACAAUUGACGCGGGAUGAGAUACAGAAACGAGAUUUAUUUUCCGUCGAUAUUCAGCAAUCGAGUCUACACGAGAGCACAUCAGACGGUAAUUCAGAGCAUAAUUCAUCCGGUGAUGAAGAUUCACAGAUGCGCUUACGACUGAAAAGAAAAUUACAACGAAAUCGUACGUCGUUUACCAAUGAACAGAUUGACAGUCUUGAAAAAGAAUUCGAGAGAACGCACUAUCCUGAUGUCUUUGCAAGAGAACGAUUAGCUGAGAAAAUAGGAUUACCCGAGGCAAGAAUUCAGGUAUGGUUUUCAAAUCGACGUGCGAAAUGGAGACGAGAAGAGAAGUUAAGAACACAAAGACGUUCGGUGGAUCAUGUAAGCGGUGCUGGAAAUGGCGGAACUCCAAAUAAUAAUAAUAACAAUAACAAUACUAAUAACAAUAAUAAUUCGGGUAAUGGAACUGCUGGAAGUAAUGGCAGCGCAAAUGUAGGAAAUACAAACUCAGUCAGUCCACCAGUGCCAACCACACCGAGAAUACCUUUAAAUUCUGGCUUCAAUUCAAUGUAUACAUCGAUUCCACAACCAAUAGCAACAAUGGCUGAAAGUUAUAGUUCUCCUCAUACUUACUACAGUGCAAUGCCGCCAACACUGGGCUCAAUGACGUCUACAUGUUUGCAACAGCGUGAUGGCUACCCAUACAUGUUUACCGAUCCACUUCAUACGCUCAGUAGCCCAUACAGUGCGUCACGAUCUAGUUGUACACCAUCUGCCGCACAUCAACAACCUCCAUCACACAAUUACAGUACAAAUGGAAGUGCAAGUACAGGUGUCAUAACAGCUGGUGUAAGUGUUCCAGUACAAAUCGGAUCACAAGAUACUUCUGGUCUUGGAACAAACUACUGGCCACGUCUUCAGUGAUCUUCAUUUUUUGGACUUCCAACGCUGUCACACAGUGCCGGAAGUCCAUCAUCAACAUCCUCAAAUAUACCAUCCCUACCAUCAUGUUUAGAGCUUGAAGAAGUGAGCAAAAAGAUUGAAAAUGAAGAUUAAAAAACUUUUUUUGAGUUUUUCGAGGUCAUGUUCAUUUCUCUUCAGUGAAUAAGUUAUUUAAUUUAAUAUUUUAAAUCGCAAAAAAAAAGACGAAAAAGAAACUUUUUAAGAGGAUUUAAGCAAUUUCAGUUUCAAUUUAAAUUGUUUUUUUUAUCGCAUAAUUUUAGUUUUUAAGGAGCAUAAUGAAAAUGUUUAAUAUGCGACAAAACAAAAUGAGCCUAGUGAAUGAAAAAAUGAUAAAUUUUUUAAUUGAAUGAACAAGAAAGAAAUAAAUUGAUAAUUCUACUUAAAAAAUUUAAUAAAUUCUAUUAAGUAUAAUGCAGAUAGUAAAUUUUGUAAGUAAACGUGAAUAUUUUUAAAAGAAAUGGGAGAUUAAUUUGGAUUAUUGUAAGUGUGAAGCAUUUUGAGGCUUAAUGUUGAUGAAAUUAAUAAUUAUAAUUUUUUUAAGAAAAAAAUUAAAAACUUAAUUUGAAAAAUUUUCAAAAAGUUGAUUUGUAGCUUCAAAGAUGGGUCUCAAAAUGCUUUAACAACUUACAAAAUUGCUAAAAAUAAUGACAAAAUUUUAGAUUGUUAAAAUAUUGACAUUAUUUAAGCAUCAAAAAUUUUAUAAAAAUACGAAUGAAAAUGAAAAGAAAAAUUAAAAUCUGUAAAUAUAGUUUAAAAACAAAUUAAUCUAGUGAAUUAGAAACGAUCUCAGUGUUGUAUUUUUAUCUCUCUCUGUCCAAUCAAAAAAACGUUAAAUUUGAAAAAUUUCAAUUCUAUCAAAAUAGUGUGAAUUGAAUUUUUUCAAAUUGAAAAUGGAAGAAAGUUUUUGAAUAGGUAUGGAUUUUAAAAAAAACUUAAUUAAUUGUGUCCCAGUUCUCAAUAAUUUCCCACUCAGUGUACUUUCAAGAAACAAAAAAAAACAAAUUAAAGAAAAUUAAAAAAUUGAAAAAUAAUUCAGUUAAAAUAAGAAAAAGAAAAAUUUAGUCGAUAAAUUGACGACGUUCAAAUUUGUACCUGGACAUAAGAAAUAACGGAAAAAAUAAUAAGAUGAAAAAUUACUCACAAUCUUUGGCACGUUUAAUUUAUAAAAUUUUAUAACAAAAGUUUGUCAUUCACACAAAAAAAAACUACAAAAAGUUCAUCCCAGUCAAAAAUGAAGAAAAUUUUUGUAAAAAAAACACAAAUUAAAUUGUAAUUACUGUGAAAAAUAAAUGAAAAAAAAAUAUUUAAAAAAUGGAUCGAUAUUAAAAAGCAAUAAAUUUAAUGAAGAAAUGAAGAAAAAAAAUUGAAAAAUGGAAACAUAAUUUACAAAAAAUUAUUAAUAAUAACGAUUAAAUAAUGAUAAAGAUGAAAAGAAUUGUGUAAUUGUAAUCUUUUAUCUG